CACUUUCAUUCUGUCCUUGGACUUGGUUGGAAGAUGCAACAGUUUUAAUAUACAUGUAACAAUAUGAACGAAAUAAAAAAGUAUGAGUUUUUCUUUCUAUCACCUACUGUAGAAAGAAUCACAAAGUGAUACUUUUAGAGGCUUUUAUUUUUUUUUUUGUCAUCUUGGUGAAGCCUUUGUUUUUUAUACUUCAACUUAAGAAUAUGAGAAGUCUAUAAACAACAUAAUUAAGGAAUACCUAAUAUAUUACUAUGUAUUAUAUAAGUAAUACUGUAUAUAAUUUUAUUCUUAAGUCAGCUAUCUAGAUCUACCUUAUAGCUAAUUUAACACGUCUGCUGUGAUCACAAAAGAAUAAAACGACACUAGAGCGUCUUUUGGGAAGAGCAGUCCAUCAUUUUAAUAAACAGUCUUGUUGUUAUAUCGGACCCCGGCACCAGCUGAGCUCACAAAAUAAAGAGAAGCUGCGUGAGACAAGCAGCUCCAGCUACUGUAGCUAGACAGCUAGCUUAGCCAUAGGCUAACUCUAGCUACAGGAGUUAUAUAGCUGUACGUUUUUAUAUAGUCACUGUAUAUUAUAGUAUACUGUAUAUAUGGUAGUUACAGUUUACUCUAUCUGUUGUCUCACUUUAAUUUGGAUUUCCUGGCAAAACCCAAGAGAAACGGAUGAACUCACUAUUAACUAGCUACUAAGAUGAACAACAGAAAGUGGCCAGCUGGAUCUUCCAGCUCUGGAAACUUGGUUUUCUGCUCCUCCUCUUUCAAGCGGCAACCAGCCAGGGUCCUGAUUGUGGAUGCGCUGCCACCCUGGUGGUCAGACACACGUGUGGUAAUCUGUGAUGCCCUGGAUAACUUCUUGUCCCUGGCCUGUGGUCUGUAUGGACCUUGUCGGAUCCCUCUGUUCAGCUUGUACGCCGUCAGCAGGCAGCAGGAAUGUUUACUGCCAUUUGUGCAGGUUCAUGGUAACUUGGCCAGGCUGCGUACCUGUGUGGAGGAGCUCCGGUCUAUUCAGGGUGAAGGCUACAUCAGAGGACCAGCAAGAGGAGGAGAGCUGCUGCUCCAGACGGUGCUGGACAGUCUGCAGCAGUUUAAACAGUACAUGAGACACACCAGUACUGGCAAUCCAUCUGGCAAUAACAUCUCUGUGGAGGUUACUGUGGUGACCAGCCAGCCAGGCCAGGCCAUUGUCCAUCAGUUGGAGAUGGGGCUCAAAGAUGCCGACCUAGCUUCCCUCAAGCGGCUCCUGGUGGUACACAUCUACAGCGCAAGAGACUGGAGUCAAGUUGGUUCCUUACCUGAAGCCACACGCACUGAGACUGAAGAAUGUCUGAUGUUGGGGACAGAGGUGGACAUGCAGCAGGUGGAAAACAAUGUGUUCUCCAUGGAGACAGUGUUGAAGGCGUGGCUUCAAGAGCAGGGAGGAGACAGAGAGCACCUCCACCUGUUGCUGCCUGACCGCUUAGAAAGUCCAGUAUGUGUGAAGUGCGACAUGCAGGAGCGCCUGAUUAGCCCUGCACUCAUCCCUCUGAGCCCUGCCCUGGGUGCGAGGACUGAGAGUGUCCAGGACUUCCUGCCUGUCUCUAGGCGCUCAGCCAGUCAGAACCCACCCCAGAGACUGAAGGCCAUCAAGUCUCUGCGUGCAGACGGAGUGUGUGAGAGCGUGAUGUACGGCCUGCCGCUGGUGCUCUGUCCCACCACCUGCUGGCAGCUGGACUGGGAUGAAAUGGAGGCCAACCACAACCUGUUCCACGCGCUCUGCCACACACUCCGGAGCCGUGACUUGUUCCUGCUGCUACAGGUGGAGCCUGUCCAGAGGUCUGCAGCUGAAGGCUCCGGUGUGUAUUCACACUACAUCCUCCAGCCGUCUCCAUCGCUCUCCCUGCUCUUGAAGCCCGUGGUUUCCAGAGAGUUGCUGCUGCCCUGCUCACUGCCUGUCUCAAAUCAGGACCCUGUACCUGAUGCCAUGCACACUAUCCAGGGUUGUCUCACUCAGCUGGAUGAGGAGUUUCUGUUCAACCCCCUCUCUGUGAGCAGUAACCUCUACCAGCACCUCAGGAGCAGAGGCCUAUUGUCACAGCCACGGUACCCAUACAGGCUGCAGCCACUAGCUGCUCACAGAGAACAGAGUCAAGCAGCAGAGGGCCCUAAAAGCACAGGCAGACAUGCUCGGCAGAACCAAGGUCGACAGCUGGGAACUAACAGCAGGGCCAGGGCCACCGUGGCUCCUUUGCCCUCUUCCUCCUCCCUCUCGUCUUCCGUGAGGCCUCCUCCCGCCAAGGCCUCCCGCCCGGCACUGAUGCUCCUGAGCAGCAGUGGAAGCCGCCGGGCCCCACCUCCUUCUCAGCUGGACAAAGACAGCAAAGAUGACGACUUCGUGGUCGCACAGUAAGGACACUGGAGGCUGAACCGGGACAAUGGGCAAGACAGGGGACAGAGAGGGAGCCCAACAUCUAGCAGCAGCUGGAUAUGCCCGUGUGUGUGUGUGUGUGUGUGUGUGUGUGUGUGUGUGUGUGUGUGUGUGUGUGUGUGUGUGUGUGUGUGUGUGUGUGUGUGUGUGCAGGCAAAGUUUUAGUCCACUGCCAUCCGUAGAUCGCUGAGGCAGCAAACUGUCAACAUGACACAUUAUAAUUUAAAAAAAGAGGAGAAUAGAUGAAAAGAAGGGAAACAGCAAAACAAUGGCAGCUUGGAACAUAAUCAGCAAGAAAUUAACAGGGAAGACAGGAAGCAGGAAGACAGGUGGGCGUUGGAGGGGACCAGAGAGACCUCAGGAGCUGAUGGAUGUGUAAAAGCACUGUUGUUACAGAAAACGCACAGCAUUCACAGCCUAACGCUGUUAAGACACCGACAUACAGCAGCCUCAGUGUACAGACGCUUAUAGACAAACACAUGCGCAUUCCUUCUCCGUUUUUUGCCCGUAAGCCCCAGACUGAACACAGCUUCAGUGUUUUAACGGGACGCAGACAGAGGGGCCUCUCUGCUCUCCAUCACCCCCACAGCACGCUCUGUCUCCGGGGGUUGAGAAGGAGCGAGAGGAGGUGGGCGAACGCUUCAGACGUGAUAGGGUUUGAUUCAGCCGCACGCACAGUAUUACAGUUCCACGCGUCCCUCCGUUCAUGUGUUCGUUGCUCAUUACACAUAGUCACUGUCUCUGUAAUCAGUUAGUUGAGCGCGAGGCUUCGUCAUCCACGCACUCACAGUCUUAAUCAGCCUCCCGCCAUUCCUCCCCCGUGUUGAACCCUGGAGCACUGGGGACGACCCGGUGGCAGAUGACUUCAUGACGCUGUGACGUCACAGGACUUCCACAAUCCCAAAUUGCAGCAACACACCGUCCUUUUGUUUGGAAAGCGAACUCCACUUGAACACUCACUCGAAGCUGCCCACGGUCAUUUUACCCACUUCCCUCUCGCCGUCCUCCCCCUCCUCUCUUACAGGCCGUUAGAGAUGCUGAGUCAACGUGUGGGAAUAUCAUCAUUUUGUUGAAACAGAACAGAAGCAGCUUCUGUGUCGGCCAAAAAGGUCAAAGGACCGAAGCCAAAGUUCCCCCCAUUGACCUCAGCGCUUUGGAACACACUCCUCGGUAAAUGUCACAGUUAGCAAAGAUUAAGCAGAUGCGAACUACACUAAUAAAAGUCAGAUUGUUUUGUGUUGGCAGAUUCGUUCUUAGCUGAAUCUGACAGCAUUAGUCAGGUUCAUGUUCAGCCGUUCAUACGUUGUUCCUGGGACUCCACCUCACAGGCGUCGUUCUUGUCGUUCUUGGCGUUGAUUUCUGUCACGCUCAGUCUGUGAAUUAGCACCAUUGCUUUGAAAGGAGGACACCUGUCUGAGGACAUCCUGCUGCACAGGCUCAAACUACCAAACUGUACUGUAAACAUACAACAAAUUCGUUCAGUUGACAUUUGUUCAGUUCAGGGAAAAUGUUUUAGAAUAAAGGUCAGUUCGUGAAAAAGCUAGUAGGAGGUGUGUUAUGAUAUAACGAAGCCAACCCACAGUCCCAUCUGCAGGACGUUCCUUCAACACACGCAUGUUAGCGUUGGAAGGUUUAAAUGUCUGUGUCUAGACUGAAUAAACAGUUUAGUUAAAGAAGGCGUAUGUGGCUGAUCGUGUCACUGGCAGACUGAGGUUUUACAUUAUAACCGCCGGCUUGCUACAUAAAUGAGUCAAUAAACGUGAUCUCAUCAUCACUAAAGUCAUAAAUACGAGCCAAAAGAACAAGUCCAAGCUGAUGAAACAGCAGCAGCGGUGAUCUUCUAUGUCUUGGUAAACACACCCACGGGGCUGCUUAUAUCACACAGUGUGAAUGUCUCCAGAGGUGCAGCAGAACACUGACCCUACACGCUAAAGCCGACGCCUUGAGAUACAGCAUGUCAGAGCGGAAGCAGAGCACAAACAAAGUUCCUCCUGGCUGUUGUGAAGGUCUAAUCUAUCACGGUUUUACUUACCUUUUCCUACAACACGGUGUUGGUUCGUUCAUUUCAUGACCAGCUAGUCCCGGAAACUGAAAAUGGCAGCAGCGAAUUCUUUUUUCUUGAACAAUACAGCAAAGUUCACCUUCAACAUUUAUAAUGUAACAAUAAUGUAAUAUUUGCAGACUUAGGAGUGAGCUCCUCGUGCGCGAGCUGCGGCCGGCGUGUGAAGUGUGAAGUCACCCGGCACGAUGGGAACGUUCAUUGUAAAGAGCGCUGCGGCUCUUACAGUGAGACCAAACCAGCGCAGCAGCAGUUAAUCAGCUCAGGUCACGUCCAGCAGCGUUAGGCCUGAGUUAAAGUGAAGGAAUAUGGGUUUAAAGGUGCAGGAUGGAGUGGUGACCGUUACAUGACAUCACCCCACUAUCGGUGCACGCAGGACACAGUCUCCAGUCGGACUUCCACUAUUUAGGUUUCGAUUCAUCCUGAGGGUGCAGCAGUGACCUCUCCCUGCACCACUUUGUCUGGCUGGGUAAACACGCCGUCCUAUCUGCUGCAUGUAUCUCAGCCGGUACGGGCCGGCCACUCUGCUGCUGCCGACCCCCUCAGAUAAGCGCGCAGGCCUUUUCGGGCUUCCUGUCCAAAACAGCGUUUGCGGGUCGCACUUCUAAAAGCGGCCUACUACGUUUUCUGUCUCGUCGGUGUCUUCAUGCGCGUCUGUAUAAUAUUAGCAUUGCGACUUCCUGCUUUGCUCUCGGCGUUCCAUUUCCUCCUCUGCUGCGCCGCGCGGAGGAGAGGAGCCGUGUCGGGACUGUCUGUCUGCCUCGCGGCCUGUGAUUCGCCACCUCUUUCCUGCCAUUGUCCUCGCUGGCUGCGGGAGCCCCGCGGUGCCGGCGUCGCGCCUCGCGCUCCGGCUGCAUGCGUGCACGCAGGCCGCGGGCGCCUCUCUCCAGCGCUGCACUAAGAACAGAACGAGGAAGUGCAUCUCCGCGAGGAGGAAGCGAGGAGGUGAAGUCAGGAGGCGACAGGAGCUGAACUUUAAGCCUAAUUACAGUAACUGACAGGUGGCUGCUCCUACGUGGAAGCGUGGAGCCUGAUUUGCUUAUUAGCAAAAAAUCAGGAGUAGACCCCAGUGAAGCCAUACACAAAUACUUUACAUAGGCAUGGACUUUACUUUUGACGUCAUGAAGCCAGAAUCGAGACUGAGAAACCGUCAUUUCCUUUCUACGCAGGGUGAAUGAAACGCGUUCAGGCUGAGACUCAAUGAUUUAGCCACACGCGGCUAAAAAUAGCAGCUGGUGGUCUGCAGGGUCACAGAGGAGAGGAAGCCGGACCGUUUCAGGCGGCCGUGACUUUGCACUGGGAUGGAGAGGAAUGACCUGCUGUGGGUGGAAGCGGCUCAUGUUUACUGGCCUUUGUCCCAACAUACUGUGCAAUAACAAACAGAGCGCUUUAAAACCCUGCCUGCACGUACUGUCGCCGAGGUUCGGUGCUUCGUAUCGUCGGACCGGCGCUGUUCUCCUUCAGUGAAUCCGACGUGGCCUUUGAAAAAGGCAGUAGACGGGACAGGAAGAGAACGGUCCCCUCGAUGGGGAAUAAACAGAGCAGAGGACAGGAAGACUGUGACGUGAGUGAGUGCAUUUGAAGACGUCAGAUGUGUCGAGAACAGAGCUGCGGCAGCAGCUGUGUGGUUGGAGACUCACACCUCCACUCGCAAAGCAGAGUGUGAGUGUGACCUUGACUUCGGACUUGACAUUUCUCCAAAGCCGGAGCGAAACGAGACAAAAGGUUGAUUUGAAACCACGAGGUCUUGUAGGAUUUUAGCACGAGGUCACCAAUUAUCAGCUCACAGGAAAAGCACUAAGGUGACUCAUCCAUAACAUGUAUAUACCGAUGCUCACACCUUGACGAGCCGCUAACUAAACCAGUCACACAGAUACACACCUUUUAAUGGAUGACUGCUGCUUGAACUCUGGUGCAGACGGCGUGAAAGGUCAACGUGGACGAGGGGAGAAACGUGAGAGCGAACGGAGAGGAGGUGACAAUAUAAAGAAGCUUUCUCAAACACAAAGUAUGAGCAGGAAGUCGGGGAAAAUGGCACUGGCCAACACUGUCACGCAUCAAAACACAAUGUAAAACACAAAACAACAGGACUUGAUCAACAUGCAAGGUUUGUGGAGUCUCAAGCAGCAUAUCUGGUACCAAACUAACACUAACACUUUUACCCCCUUCAAGGUUUUAAACUAUUAUCUGAUCCAGAUGCUGCUUCUUGUCCACACACACACACGCACAUGCACACACACACACACACACACACACACACACAUACACAAUGUGUGAAUGUUUUUGAUGUUCUAUCAAGGAAGUGGAAUGUAAAUAAGACCACACUGAAACACUUUAACCCAGAGUCUAAUGAGAAAGACAGAACCUUUUCAUUGUUUUUCUUCGCCCACUUUGUUUGACUGGCCAGUGACGGAGUUGGAAAACUCACCCCGUAGAUGUAAUCCAGUCACUGCUCGUUUCCUGUUCAGAAAGUAGUCCAGCAGCAGGUGGAGAGAGAAGGACAGAAAAACAAGAGAGGGAGGAAUAGGGAAGACGGGGGGAGAGCAGCCGCCGGGAACAGACUGUACCUGUCUGUGAGCCAGGGAGACCAGGAUCCAUCACAUCAGCUCCUCUGAUGCUAAAGUCCUUCUAUUUCACUUUUCAUCAGGCUCAGCUCAUGUUAAAAUGCACAGCGCGUCCGACACAGACCAGCCGCCACGGACAGUCGCCACGGCAACCGGACAACAGUUAAAGCGGAGAGGGGCAAAGGAAGGAAGAAAAGCAAGAAAGGACGCCUUUGUCCCGUUUGUUGAGGCUCAGCUUUAACGGUGUGAUUAAGUGGUUGGAAACAGACCGGAGCAACAAAAACAGAGCGUGGCAGAGGGAGAGGAGCGGACGAUGAGGUCAGAGCGCUUCAGCGU